AUGCAGGCGGCCACUGGUGCGACCACAGCCUUUGGCUCUGGUUCGAUGCCCUUGGCAGCCCAGCAAGUCUCGCCUGGCUUGUGGUGCGUGCUCGUCGCAGACUCUUCCUACACCGGAGCAGGCGUGGCAACUCCCGCUUCUGGCAGCCUUGCCGGCAAUGUGCCCACUGGCAACAUGAGUUGUCAGGGGGUUCUGCCCCACCUGCAGACAGAGCAUUUUUCCUCUAGAGGCACACACAAUCUUAGCCUAGCAGAGCAUUUGAUGCCAAUACCAGAGACCGUAACAGUGGGAUGUGAGAGUUCCCAGGCAUCGCCACAAACAUCUGUGUGGGCCUCUGAUUUUGGACUUCAGGCAUCUGAGAUGGAUGCCCCGUGCACUCCGCCGCCACGCCGGCGCAAUGUCGAAAUGGCUCCCACGCCAUCUCCAAUAGGCUUCAGAUCUUCGAUGCCAUCUUUCCCUCAGCCAUCCGAGGUUGACUACAAGGAUAUUUCUGACGUGCCGGGCUUCCCAAGUCACCGAAUCGGGGAAAGAAGCGGGCAGAACAGGGCACGUCUUAAGCUGGAAUGCCUUGGGCCUGAUCAAAAGCAGCGCUCAGACUCCUCAGAAAGCAAAGCCCACCUGCAGUUGAAUCGAGCCGUCGACUGCCAUGGUGCUUCCUGUACAGCACAAUCAGGGCAGAAACACGCAGCGGUUGCCAGCUGCAAGCAUCCUCGACAUGGGCACGGGCGAGGCCCCAACCAUCAUCCUCGGAAAAGGUACACGCACCGCUCGGCUGACACGGGCUUUCCUUUGCCGAGGGCUAUGCACAAUGCCCUGCACAGAGAUGAGCCGCUCGACUCCAUUUUGGAGCACGCGAUUUGGGACUUAAUGGAGCAGGUGUUGAUGCAACGCCCCAAGCUGGAGGAAGGCAAGCGUGUGAAUGUGACCCUGUCCGACUGGUUGAGCUUGCUUCCUGCAGAUGAGGGGAACACAUGCCAGCGACGUGCACUUGCCAAUCGGGCCCUUCGCACCAUGACGAAGCGGCUACCCGGGUGCUGCUGGACAGUCGAUUUCGAACGCCAGGAGAUGCAGGUUCACUUGGCAAACGUGGCGCGCUUCUCGAGCUUCUGUGAUGGCAUGUGCUAA